UGAAGAUCACGGAUUCACACUAUAACAUUGAGAACCUGGUGUCAACUGCUGCCAACCUCUUUGCGGCUGGUACUGAUACGACAGGAACUACACUGAGAUGGGUUCUGUUGCUCAUGGCCAAAUAUCCCCAAAUUCAAGACCAGGUCCAGGUGGAGCUGAGCAGGGUGGUUGGAGACCGUCAGGUGAGGGCAGAGGACAGGAUGAACCUGCCCUUUGCUGACGCUGUCAUCCAUGAGACACAGAGAUUUGCUAAUAUACUUCCUAUCCCUUUGCGUCACCAAAACAGCACAGAUGUGACAUUUCAGGGCUAUUUUAUAAGAAAGGGGACCCCCGUGUUUCCUCUUUUGACAUCGGUUUUGUGGGAUGAGAGUGAGUGGGAGAGCCCACGCACCUUUAAUCCUGCCCAUUUCUUGGACAAGGAUGGGAAAUUUGUCAAGAGAGACGCCUUCAUGCCCUUCUCUGCAGGACGCAGGGUGUGUCCUGGAGAAGGUCUGGCCAAGAUGGAGCUCUUCCUCUUCUUCACUUCCCUCCUCCAGCGCUUUCGUUUCACUCCUCCACCUGGAGUGAAAGAGGAGGAUCUGGAUCUGACUCCAGCUGUGGGCUUCACCAUCCCCCCGUCACCUCAUGAGCUGUGUGCCGUCAGUCGUAAUGAGCACAAGAGCUGGAGUAUGGCGUCACACUGGUGACCAUGGUAUGAACAGGGUUUAACACACAGGCAGCAGAAAAGUACAUCUAUGAGCGGUCUCACUCUAGAUACGUGAUAACACAUCAACAUCCCUGCGGAUUGUUUAGAACAGUGCAGAAAAUACAAAAAAUAAGAAA